UAUACAUGUAGCAGUACUUGCAUGUGAUAUAUGUAUAUCAUGAACUCGCCAUGACUAAAACCGCGCUCGAGGUAGCAUACCAGAGCCUCAUCGCCCGCAAGCGUCUCCGACCCGACAAACACCAACACGCUCUCGUCACGCGUCUGGCCACGCUACAACAGGAUCUCGUUCGAAUUUAUGGUGACGAGAAUGAUUAUAGCCAUAACAAGAAGAAGAAGAAGAAUGGAAUGAUAAGAAACAAUCAUCAGCAUAUUUCCACCUACUUCCCCAAUCCAAGAGGCCUCUACAUCUACGGUUCCGUCGGCACAGGCAAAUCCCACCUCGCAGACCUCUUCACCUCGACUUUACCGUCCCAUAUUCCUCGCCAAAGACUGCAUUUUCACGAAUUUCUCAACUCGAUUCAUUAUCGUUUACAUCUUGCUCGUUCCUCCUCUUCUUCUUCUUACAAAGGAGAUCCUCUCGUCCAAAUCGGCCACGAAAUCGUCCAACACGAAGCCCGCGUGCUAUGUUUUGACGAAUUCCAAUUGACGGAUAUUGCCGACGCGAUGAUUUUGCAACGCCUUUUUGGCGCCAUGUGGAUGGCUGGAGGCGUUUUGGUGAGUACGAGUAAUCGUGCUCCGAGGGAUUUGUAUUUGAAUGGCUUGAAUCGAGAGGUUGUUGUGCCGUUUUUGAGGGAGGUAGAGAGGUGGUGUGAGGUUUGGGAGAUGGGGGGAAGGGAGGAUUAUAGGAUGGCUGGGGAGGAGGGUGGUGAUGGGAAUGGGGAGGGGGAGGGUGACAAGGGGAGGAUUCAGACGUUUUUUGUGAAUGAUGAAGAAGGGUUUACGAGGAAAUUGGAAGAAGAGAUUGCAAAAGUGAGGAGAGGAGGGAGUGGUGGUGAUGGUGAUGAUGAUGAUGCCAAAGACCCUCUCAAACUCAUCUCCCUCCCCGUCUACGGCUCUCGAACCCUCCAAGUCUCUGCCCUCCCAUCUCCCGCCUCUCCCGAUCAAAAAUCCUCCACCUCCUACACCCUCAUAACAGCCACCUUCUCCCAACUCUGCGAAUCCCCUCUCAGUGCCUCCGACUACCACACCCUCUGCACAGCCACUUCACACCUCUAUCUGCACGGAGUACGAAAAUUUCUCACGGGCGAAAAAGACGCCGUGAGGAGAUUUAUCACGUUGAUUGACGUCGCGUAUGAAAAGGGUACGAGGGUGAUUUGUUCGUAUGGUAACGAUGAGGAGAGUGAUGGGAAAAAAUCGUCUUUGGUGGAGUCUUUGAGAGAGGUUUUUGAGAAUAUCGUGCCGUCGGCGUCGGCGGCGUCGGCGGCGUCGAUGAUGGGAGGAGAGAAAGAAGACGAAAAAGGAAUCAAAAUGACUGUUCGAGCAGGAGGGGGAGCUUCUUCGAGUAUGAUGAGUACAUUCAUUGGAGAAACAGAGUGGUCUGCAACAGGACUGGCAGAGGCUUCAUUAGCGACGGGAGGGGCAGGAGAGACGGAUGUGGGGUUUGCAGUAGGGAGGGCGAUUAGUCGGUUAUAUGAAAUGGGUUCGGUAAGGUAUGGAGUUCGUGAGUGAGUGAGUGAUUAGACGAUCGAUGUUAUAAGUG